ACUCUUGCCUAAAACUUAAUCAUACUUGCCAUUCACUCUUCCUUGUAGUUUCUUCACCCUGGAAAACAGUUUUUCUCAAUUUUGAUUAGGGUUUCAAAGAUCAAACUCAACAUGGCUGAUACAUUGACAGAAGCUCAGGUUGCUGAGUUCCGGGAGGCCUUUUGUCUCAUCGACAAGGACUCCGAUGGCUACAUCACUAUGGAAGAAUUGGCAACAAUAAUUCAAUCAUUGAACGAAAAUCCCACAAAAGAAGAAGUUCAAGACAUGAUUGGUGAAGUUGAUGCUGAUGGAAGUGGGACAAUAGACUUUGAAGAGUUCUUGAAUAUUAUGGCAAGAAAAAUGAAGGAAAAUGUUGCCGAUGAGCUAAAAGAAGCCUUCAAAGUAUUCGACAGGGAUCAAGAUGGAUAUAUUUCAGCUAAUGAGCUGAGACAAGUAAUGAUAAAUUUGGGGGAGAGACUGACAGUGGAAGAGGCUGAACAAAUGAUUAGAGAGGCUGAUUUAGAUGGUGACGGUCAAGUCAGCUAUGAAGAAUUUGCAAGGAUGAUGAUGCUUAAUUGAUCUUAUUCAAUAAAUUAAAAUGGAAAACUUCCCCAAUUCUUGUCAA